AUGACCAGGCAGGAGGCCCGUGAUGCAGCACGCCUCCAUAUUGGUGAUACAGGAUUGAUAGAUCAUGUCCUCAAAGCGAUGAAUAAUGUAAUAAUUGGGAAUUACAUUGUUUGGCGUUCAGUGAACAGAUCGACUAAGGUUCUGGAGUAUACUAUUCAAGAUUUCAAGGGUGACAAACAGGUUUACCACUCAAAAGUGAAAGAGCCAAUUUGGACAUGUAGUAUUGGUCCUGGAAGAAGUGUUUACGAUGAUCUCGUCUAUCUGUAUAGAAAUGUUUUGCUGGACUAUCCGGAGUCUCCAUCGGUGGAAUUCGUUGCUCAAAUGAUUCUUCAUAGUAAGCAUUUUGUGAAGGAGCAGCUUUUAGAGAUGAGGAUCAUGAGUCUCUAA